AUGACUUUGAUAGCCUUAAGAGUAAGGACAUGGAUAGCGUUGUUAUUCGUUUUUUUGUUUCUACAAGAAGCGAAGUGUGAAGAGACCCUAGGGAAAAGAGGGCUACCUACACUGACAACGACCACAGCGAGUUCUCAGUCUUCGAAUUACUUAAACCUAAGUGAUUCGAGCUACUCAAAUUCAACUUAUUCAAACACGACAACAUCAUCGCAAUCCGCGAGUGUGACUUUUGUUCCAGUGAUCCCCAGUUCAGACGACAACAAAUACGUAUACCAUACAAAGCAUAUGAGCAGUACGGUAUUCGUUGCAGUUGGCAGUUGUAUGGCAUUCAUUAUAGCGGUAGUCGUUGUUGUGUGGAUAUUGUUUGGAAUAGGAGCCUGGCGUAGCGCACGUAAGGAGUACAAACUCAAGGAAAUGGAACAAAAAUACCAGUACGAUCCGUUCUUCUACGGAAAUGGUAUGGAGACAGGCGAGUCUUCCGACAGCGAUGAAGGUAGUGAUAUAUCAGAAAAAGUACUGAAGAACAAGUCCUCGAGGUUGAGUCUCUACAGUCUGGGCUCUACUUCUGUGCUCAAUCUACUGAACCAGGCCAAGAGCGACGCACCAGAACCUAAUGCUACUACGAACAACAACAGACGUUCGAUGUUUAUCUCUCCGACAGAACUUCUACAAAGCGAGGCAAACAAUAGCACAUUAUGGGCAGGAGACAGCCCCGUCACGACGAGCCUAUUCGACCCACAAGCAAGCACACCAUCACAACAGUCCUAUUCACAGGUCAUAAGUUUUGCAGCUGGUCCUCACGCGGCCAGACCGCAGGUAGCUCAAUAUACAGACAGCCCAGCCGCGACGCAGAGCAACACAAAAUCGAACUAUAGGCCGCCUAGCAUCGUGCUCGACCAGUUGCUCGACGAGCAGAACCUUCAAGCAUAG